GCAAGGAGAAAGUUCAGCAGGACGUCACGUGCAAGGUCGCCUGUCGACGUCGAAUUCAUGGCAGAUUUGCAAAGGAGAUUGCCUCUGCUGCUGCUCGUGGUGGUCGUCUUCCUCUUUGUCGUCUUCCUCCACGUGUGCUUGUCGUGCCGGCCGUGGAAGCAACGUCGAAAGCGCAGGGCGUCGACGAAACGCGUUGUGCUUCAAGAGGAACGUCCCAUGGCGGGCAUGAAGGCACGCGCUAUUCUGCCUGCAGCUGAGGGCGGAAGAAGACCUGCGACGACGGAGCCUUCACGGCGGUACGACCCGUCCAUGUACAGCCAUCUGCCGUCGUGGGAGACGCCGCUGCCUCCCUCGAACGAGGAGCCGGAGGGGGAAGAACUUCCAACGUUUCCUCUCGGCAGCGGGUCGACGCAGUUGUUGUCGCAGACGGUGCUCGUAGACGGGUCGGCGAGCAACGAACGAGGCGAGUACACGUCACUCCUGCAGCAAGGGUUGGGAGACGACGACGACGGGGGAGUUGAUCUCCGGAUCGGCUUGAGUUCUGGCGGUGCCAGGGAGGCGAGCCGCACGUUCAUCACCGCCGCCCAUGCUUCCGCACGUGGCCUGCAGCAGCCUCGAAGGGAGCAGAUGGGACCUUCCACAGUACGUGGCGGCGCGUCCGUCGUUGGUGGUGUCGGGUCUUCGCCCAGCCCGGAAGCAUGUAUCGGCAGCGUCCUUGCGCACCAGCGGUGCACGCUCGUCAAUGUUGAACCGAACAACGGCCGCGCCACCCGAAGGGAGGGACGAGGGCGCCUGCAGACCACCGGCGGUUUAGGAACCAGUGUGGAGAACAUCACUCGAGGCGUGUCGAACAUGCGGGCACACAACGAUGCCGGCGACGACGAUGGCUGUGGCGGUGACGAUGCCGCCGACGGAUUCAGGGAGGAAGUCGAAGCGGGGGACGACGACGACGACAAUGUUGUUCGGCCUGUGGGGAAGACGGGUGGUAGGGGUAUUGGACGCAGCAACCGUGGUGGCCGUGGUCGAUCCGUUGGCCGUGACGGCAGAGGUGGCGUCACCGACGACGGAGGGAAGUCUGCGACGUACUGGUCGACGGACGAGCAGAUGCUCCUCGUCAGAUGCAAGCGGGAGCAAGAGAUGCAACUCGCUGGGUUGGGCCACAAUUACGGCCGGAUGCGGACGAAGGAAUGGAAGUGGGUCGACAUUGCGAAGCGCAUGGCGAACGGUGGGAGCCCUAAAGACGCAGACGACUGCAUGAAGAAAUCGGACAAUUUGUUCCAAAACUACAAGAAGAUACAGAGGAUUCAGAACGCGAGCGGGCGGCUAGAUUUCUUCAAGUUGUCCAACGACGAAAGGAAGGAGCACAACUUUAAGUUCCGGAUGGAGAGGGUGCUACAAGAGUCGGUGAUAAAAAACCUGAAGAAGGAGUUUGAGGAAGGAGGUCUAGUACUGGGGGUACCGGACCAUGCGGCGGUGAUGACCAGGCCGUUCAUCGUAGAGACAGACGCAGGGCCAACUGCUCUGGGAGGUGUGUUGAUCCAGCAAGAUCCCAAUGGGGAGGAACGACCAUUAAGGUUUGAGAGUUGGACGCUCAAUACGUCUGAAAGGAACUACUCUCAGUUCAAGCGCGAAACCUUGGCGGUCCUUCACUAUUUGAGGAUCUUCAGAAACUACCUCUUUGGCAAUAGGUUCGUAUUGAGGGUGGACGCUACGGCUCUGGCUGGUUCUCUCAAGAACUUCGCUCCGUCAGAUCCAACUAUCGCCAGAUGGCUGGCGUACAUCUGGAUGUUUGACUUCGAGUUGAAGCGAAUUCCUGGGACCAAGAAUAUGGUGGAUGGGCUGAGCCGAGUCGACUGGGACAAGAACCAUCAAGGAGUGAUCGAGGACACUCCACCAGUCGACGGGUUCCUGGACAGUGAGGAGGAUGUGAGACUUCACAUCAACUCCUGGGCAUUGGCCGUAGGUAAGUAUGUUGCUCCUGGGCGGCCCGUAUGGCUUGCGCCUCCAGGACAUGUGGGACGACCAGACUUAGUCCUCAAACCUUAUAUUGAAGAGGAUUCUUGGGGAAUGUCGGACGUAGGUUGGAUGAUGGAGCUGGCCUUAGCAGGCAAGUACGAGCUGCAGGAAGACCCGCUUACAAUUGAAAAUGGGGCGCUACAGGUGGGUAAGCACGGGAAGAUGAUAGGUGGGGUGUACCUGCUGGCAAAUGCGCUGCUUCAGGAAGAGACGGUCAGAAAUGAGGUACUAGACCAAGAAGAGGAGAUAGAGCCGGGAGGAGGUGACAACGUGAUUCAUGAGAGAGAAAAUGGUGACUUCGAAGAGGGGGAGAUCAAGGAAGCGUUUCGAGCAGAGGAGUAUGAGGGAGUAUACCUUAAACUCGGCAUGCUUCUUUCGUGCGAGAUGAGGGAAAGGGAUGCUUGCGCGAGAGUUCUGAAAAUGAGGCCAAGCUUCCUGGUAAGGGAUGGUCAUCUGUUCAUGAGGAGCAAAGGAAGGAAUCCCAGGAGAGUAGUCUGCGGCGUCGCUCGCCAGAUUGACAUUAUGGUGGCACUGCACGACGAGCCAGACAUCCCUCACGAGCCGCAUACGCAAGAGCUGAGGGAGGAACCGUCUGUUGAUGAAAAGGAGCUGGACAGAGAAGAGAGGGCAGCAAGGGAGCUGGAGAUCAGGACUCAACUUCGAAAGACGAACCUGGCAGAACUGCAUGAGAGGAUGCAGCAAGGACAGGCGCCUGAGGAGGUGGAGGACAGAAAAGGAAAGAGUACAUGCACUCAAGAGGAGGACCCUCCUCUGUUCUCAGAGGUUUGGAUGGGCUUCGAUAAACUGAUGGACACCACAGGAAGAUCAGGUGGACAACAUCAGGAGAUAGGGGUUAAGUUGGUCUCUACAGACCUGCUCAACCUAAGGAGCGAGAUGAGAGAAGGCUUCACUGUAGCAAGGACCUCAGAUCAGAAGAUUGGGGACAGGCUGACAAAGGUGGCACAAAAGGCUUAUGGCCAGAGGGUGGACUGGGAGAGAGAGGCUGAGGGCCUGAAGAGGGAGCUGGGAAGACAGGGCAAAGAGUUGGCAGCAGUAAAGGCGGACAUGGAGAGAGUCUCAACAGAGAAUGAGGCCGUCAGACAAGUUAACCAGACCCUUAACAAGGUCACUGACGCUCUGAGGGCCUAUUUGUGUGCACAGCUGACCUUCUUCCAGGUCCAAAAGUUCGAAAUCAGGGAACAGCCUGCAGAGGAAGUCUUCAAGAGGGAGAGGGAAGUAGAGAUGGCGGACCAGCAGGACGGUGAGGAAAUCCCUCUGAUCGACAAAGAGAUGUUGGAGCAGCCAGGAGUGCUUGUGGAAAAAGGUGCAGAGGUCGGAGAGUUUGAGUGGAGGUUACCUGCUGGCCUGACACUGGGACACGAGCCGGCAGUACCACAGAAGGGGCCACCAGUUGAGGCAAUGAGAGUUGGGGAGGUUCCACCUACUAUUCGGAAAGCGAUUGUGGGACAGCAAGAGGGUCAGGAAAGUGUGGGCCAGACCAUGGUUGGGACUAGGCAGAGAGUGGACCUGAGGGACUGUCAGGAGUCAACCAUGCUUCAGAAGGUGUUACAGAUUUGCAGGAUGUACUGGGAUCUUGGGCCACUGGGUCAGGGUCAGAGGGGCGUGUUGGGGAGCUGGGGAUGCCAGCAGAUGACAGAGCAGCCUGCCCCGCUUCCUCAGGGGUCCCACAGCAGGAGGUUACGAGCAAGAUCUCAACUUGAACAACCCCGUCAUCUGUACCCUCGCUGGAAGGAGAGAAGAUGACUCAGAAGAAGCUUGGCAAGUGCUUCUAUUGCAAGAGGGGCAAACAUCGAUCUGAUGACUGCCCCAAGAGCCUCAAGGUC